GCAUUUAAAGCAGUCUCAACCAACUCCAUCGCUACUUGUUCAGCCGUUCAAGCAAGAAAACACUCCCAAAUCUUCAUCCCAUUUCCAUUUCUUCUCCUUCUUCUUCUCUAGCAAUGAAGGACGAUGCCGUUUUCCGCUCAUCAAUGAUUUCUUUGGCCGCAAUUAUAGUGUUGAUGGGACUCUAUACACAAUCUUUACAGAAAAUGGUGGCGACUUACUUUUUUGGAAUGUUUGUGGUAUGUGGUGUGCUUUUGCCUGAUUGGGAGUUCUUCAAUCGGAGUGUUUCUCAGUGGUGCACCCCUGUAACUAUUCCUGAUAUGGGUUCUCAAGCUACUGAUCAGAAACCGAGUUUUCCAACAAGGUUUAAGAUCUACCCUGUUAGAUUGGUUGUCUACACCUUAGUUUAUGGUUUUGCUUUCUACAAGUGGUGGAAGUUCAUAUCAAAUUAGAGCGCCUAGCUUCAUCCCUGCUAAGUCAAUGAUCGAGAAUUUUACAUUACCAUUUCAAGAACUGCUUAUUUGCGUAUUAAGUUGGAAUCGACGUGGAAACUUGAAAAUUUUAGCGGUCAGUAAAGCAGACUACAAUAAUUAGAUCUAAUUGAAGAUAGUAAGGACAUGAAGAACUCAGCUUUGUGCAUUUAGUUUCGAUGGGGUAAAUCAAGUGAAUAAUGUACUUAUUUUCUGACCACGAUCUACUUUUGUGUAAGAAACUUAAGAAUUGGUCUUACACACGUUGCAUUCUUACCAGUUUACCACUUCAUCUGGUAUGAAUGGGAAGCAAUUAAAUAUACUAUAAUCUGCAUCAGGUAUAAAUUUUGGUGGCUAGACUGCGAUGACUCAAUGUUGACAUGUUCGACCAGUUGAACCAGACAAUGUUAGAGAGUAAAAUCGAGAACCAUAGCCGUAGACAGUACGGAAAGGGAAAAUUUGAUGAUCAAUCAUAUUCUUCAUUUUCAUAAUGUGGAAAAAGCAAUUUUUCCACUAGCGUAGAUAGAAGGAUUAAACAAACUAUCUUGUAGUAAGUUGUAGAAUCUACUUAUUAUUGCUAUAAAUUUUUUGUAAACUUCUUAUCACAGCGAAUUAUUGUAGUAGCAGAAGAGCAUGUAGUUUCAUAUUGAAACGAACUUCUAUAAACUUUGUGCAUUCUUAUG